CCUUUUCCAGCCCGGACGGUGUGGCGAGCAGACCUGCAGCCACCUUCUCCACUUCUUUCUCCUCUUUUAGUCGAUUCUCACUUUGAGACGAAACAUCAUGGAUCCCAAAGCCAUCAAGGAGGAGCUGCGGCUUUUUCAGAGCACGCUGCUGCAGGACGGACUGAAGGAGCUUCUGAAUGAGAACAAGUUUGUGGAUUGCACUUUGAAAAUUGGAGACCGCUGCUUUCCCUGCCACCGCUUAAUCAUGGCUGCCUGCAGUCCCUACUUUAGGGAGCUUUUCUUCUCCGAGGAUGGCAAGGAGAAGGAUAUCGGGAAGGAAGUGGUCCUGGAUGAUGUCGAUCCUAAUAUUAUGGACAUGAUCCUACAGUAUUUGUAUUCCGCGGAGAUCGAUUUGGUGGAUGAUAACGUGCAGGAGAUCUUCGCGGUGGCGAACCGAUUUCAGAUUCCUUCUGUGUUUACAGUGUGUGUGAAUUAUCUACAGCAGAAGCUCUCCAUGGCCAAUUGCCUUGCUGUUUUUAGACUCGGCCUGGUUCUUAGUGUUCCCAGACUCGCCAUAGCGGCUCGUGAUUUCAUCGCUGACCGCUUUGAGACGGUUUCAUCAGAGGAGGAGUUCCUUCAGCUGGCUCCUCACGAGCUUUUAGCCCUGAUCGGCGGAGACAUGCUUAACGUAGAGAAAGAAGAAGUCGUGUUUGAGUCGGUCAUGAAAUGGGUGCGCAACGACAAGGCCAACCGUGUCAAGAGUCUUGCAGAAGCAUUCGACUGCAUCCGCUUCCGACUUCUCCCAGAGAAGUAUUUCAGGGAGAAAGUCGAGACUGAUGACAUCAUCAAGGGCGAUCCAGAGCUGUUGAAGAAGCUACAACUCGUCAAAGAUGCCUUCAAAGGGAAGCUCCCUGAGAAGAAGCCCAAAGAGAAGAAGGAAGGAGAGGUGAACGGAGAGGAGGAGGGGGAGGAGAUGCUGCCGGGUUUCCUGAACGAUAAUCGUAGAUUAGGGAUGUACGGACGGGACCUGAUCGUCAUGAUCAAUGAUACGGCUGCCGUGGCGUACGAUGUGGUCGAGAAUGAGUGCUUUCUGGCCGCCAUGGCGGAGCAGGUGCCGAAGAACCACGUGAGUCUCUGCACCAAGAAGAACCAGCUCUUCAUCGUCGGUGGUCUGUUUGUGGAUGAAGAAAGCAAAGAGUCGCCGCUGCAGUGCUACUUCUACCAGCUGGAUAGUUUUUCUUCGGACUGGAGGGCGCUGCCGCCAAUGCCCAGCCCACGAUGCCUGUUCAAUCUGGGUGAAAGUGAAAACCUGCUGUUCGCCAUCGCUGGCAAAGACCUGCAGACCAACGAAUCCCUCGACUCUGUCAUGUGUUUCGACACCGAGAGGAUGAAAUGGAGCGAGACCAAGAAACUUCCUCUGCACAUCCACGGCCAUUCAGUUGUCUCGCAUAACAACCUGGUGUACUGCAUUGGAGGAAAGACAGAUGACAACAAAGCUCUGAGUAAAAUGUUUGUGUACAACCACAAGCAGUCAGAAUGGCGAGAGCUGGCUUCAAUGAAGACGCCCAGAGCGAUGUUUGGUGCCGUCGUUCAUAAGGGGAAAAUCAUCGUCACAGGGGGAGUGAAUGAAGACGGACUCACAGCUUUAUCGGAAACCUAUGAUUUUGAUACAAACAAGUGGGACACAUUCACAGAGUUUCCUCAGGAGCGCAGCUCUGUGAAUCUCGUCAGCUCAGGAGGAAACUUAUUUUCAAUUGGAGGCUUUGCUAUUGUCGAGCUGGAGGACAAAAACAUCGGACCCUCUGAGAUCACUGACAUUUGGCAGUACGAGGAAGACAAAAAGACGUGGAGCGGGAUGCUGAGGGAGAUGCGCUACGCUUCAGGCUCUUCUUGCGUCGGCAUGCGUCUGAAUGCUGCCAGGAUGCCCAAAUUAUAGAUCAAACUGCACCAUGUGGUCAUGCGACUUUUGACCUCAGCACACAACUGUGGUCGUUUAAGUCUAAAUCGAGAAGCCGAGGGAGCUAAAAUCUUUUUAUAAAUGUGCUGAAAAGCUUUUAGGUUCCCUAAAGUAUUUUUCUCAUACAUUUUAGAGAGUUAAUGUGAAAUAAUUGUGUGGAUGUGUGUGUGAACAUGAGCCAUUUCCCAGGUAAAGUCGGAUUUCUGAACCACGUAUGCAAGAUAAGGUACGUUUUCUGUGAUUUUAAUAAUGCUGUAUUAAAAAUAAACUCUAGUUACUUCAGUACAUCUAGGUUAUUGUAUGUAAGGGUUCUUUUUUUUUUGUAAAAUAAACAUUUUUAAACCA